AUGCCCUCCCCAGGGAGACUUGCCUGCCGCCUUCGUUACAUAUCUUUGUGGCCUCUUGAACUCCGGGUUGGGGUGUGUGUUAUUAUUAAUGUGACUUAUUACAGUAUGUAUUUUUUUUGGUUUUUACCUGGUAAACCACCUUGCGAUCUUCGGGUGAAGGGUGGUGUACAAAUUUAAUAAACAAACAAGGUCUAUUCGAAACGGUAAUUUAAGACAAGUGAAUGCGUCCCUCUUUACCCUUUAUAUCUUUGGGAGAGAACUAUACGGCGCUCGCAUUUUAUGGGGCGUUCUUCAGGCUGUGUGUCAUCAUCCCUAGUAGCUUUGGCCAGCACCCCGAGGUUCAGACGGGCAACCUGUUCGCCUGCUGCAGCAAAACCAGCCCGAAGUCUUGCGGCACCUUAAAGAUCACCAACAACUUUCCAUUUACUGUCGUCCACUUCCUGCACCAAGUGUGAUGAUCCUAACGUGCGCGUCACAGUCCCCUCCCCAGCCACGUGUAGUGAGGAGGUGGGCCGAGCUUUCAGCCAUAAUAAACAUGCUGAGUUUUUCGAGGUGCCACAAAGCUCUGCCACUGAUUCUCCAGCACCAGGUGGCGUCUCAUGAAGGCGCCUAGGACCAAUUUCUCGACCCACUUCCCACGGUCUACCACUUGCCUUAUCUCUAUGGGAGAGUCUUGAUCGCGGUGCUUUUCGGGAAAUGUAGUCGCCAGAAAGGCUUGGCCUCGUUCAGCCAAUGAGUAAAUAAAACUACUUGUCCCAGCAGGCAGUGCGCGUGACGGCUUCCUCCCCGGAACUCUCCGCGACAGCGAGGAAAGCAACGUGGGCUGGUGGGGGUCUGGCCGCGAUACUGAUCAUGCCGAAGGUAAAGAAGCAGCCGCGCUCGAGGCAGCAGCGCCCAGAAGGAAAAGCGCCAGGUGAGAGGAGGAAAGACUCCAGGGACGGAGACAGGAACUGACUUUCCCCCGGUUUCUUUCCUGGCUCCUGAUCUUGUCACAGGGAGCAGGCGGUGCGGUGUAGUGGUUAGAGUGCCGCCGGACCGGGGUUCGGUUCCCUGCUGAGCCAUCAGACUCACCAGGGUGACGCUGGCCCAGGGUCCGCCGUCUCCCAGUCUAGCCCGGCCUCGGAAAUUUGUUGUAUCAGAUCAAAGGGUGGCAUAAAACGUGUACUAGAUAAAAACAGAGUUGUGAGGUAGUGGUUAGAAAGUUGGACUAGGCGUAGGAAGGGACCCUGUUUUGAAUCCUCGCUCAGCUACAAAGUGCGCCGAGUGUCACUGGGUCAGUCGUGAUCGCUCAGCCUCACCUACCUCGCAGGAUUGUUGUGAAGGUAAAGGGUAGAAGGAGAACUUUGUAUGACGUCCUGGAGGAAAAGUGGCAUAUAAAUGCAUGUAAAUUGGAUUGCCACCUGUACCAAGCAGGGUAGCUGUGUUGUUGGCUUCUUGUUGUUGUUGUCUUUGUCCAUGGAGUUUUCUUGGCAGGGAUACUGGAGUGGCUUGCCGGUUCCUCCUCCAGGUGGAUCACGUUUGGUCAAAACUCUCCACUAUGACCUGGUCCAUCUUGGGUGCCCUGCUCGGCAUAGUUCAUAGCUUCUCUGAGUUAUUCAAGCCCCUUCGCCACGGCAAGGAAGUGAUCCAUGUUGGCUGCUUAGGCAGGAGCAAAACACCAGUUAGCUUAGUUGUUUAGAGCUUGGUGUUUAUAACGCCAAGGUCCCAGGCUUUAUUAGCCACCUGUAUGUUCCUUCAUUGCAGUGGUUCAUACUAGAUGACCCUUACAGCUUCCUUGCAACGCUAUGAUUCCAGUUCUAAGAUUCAACAGCUGGUCUUUCAUGCUCUCUUAAAUUAUAGAUGGGAAGAGGUAGUGGAUGAUUGAUUUAUGCUUUAUAAUAAAGUUGAAGACUAUUAAACGCUGCAGUUCAUUAACAAAUGUAAACAGCACGGUGAUUAACUUUUCUUUUUGUUUGUCUGCUAUUUUGUCUUUACUAAUAGGUAUCAGGUUCAACACUGGACUCGGUCAACAUGUUUUGAAAAAUCCCCUCAUUGUUAACAGCAUUAUAGAAAAGGUAGGUAAUAAGCAUUUUUGAUACAGUGGUGCCUCGCAAGACGAAAUUAAUUUGUUCCGCGAGUUUUGUCGUCUUGCGAUUUUUUUCGUCUUGCGAAGCACGGUGUUGGGAAGGUUUUGGAAAAGCUUCAAAAAUCACCAAAGUCUUUAAAAACCUCAAAAAAGGCUACCACACCGCGUUCUAUGAGUUGCUCCUCGAAGUCAAGUCGCAACUGUAUUAAUGGUGUUAAGAAAACGGAAACAAACUUGCAAGACGUUUCCGUCUUGCGAAGCAAGCCCAUAGGGAAAAUCGUCUUGCGAAGCAGCUCAAAAAACGAAAAACCCUUUCGUCUAGCGAGUUUUUCGUCUUGCGAGGCAUUCGUCUUGCGGGGCACCGCUGUAUAAGGAGAAGUGUUUAAAGGUGAAUGGCUAAGGCUGCAGUCCUAUGCCCACUUACCUUUGAGUAAACCUCAAUAGCUUACUCCUAAGUAGACAUGUAUAUGACUACACUGUGAAACACUAUCGCUUGAUUUCGAGAAAUGAAGAACGAUAUUGAGAAGAACAAUUAGACAGCAUCAGUAUGAAAAUAAUGAAGUAUACCUUUAAGUUUAACAACACUGGCAGUAUUCAGCUAAGUUUUACUUAGAACUUAGUCACUGAAAUUAAUGAAUAUGACUAAGUUCAUUAAUUUCAAUACUUCUUCGCUGAAUAAAACUCAGUUGAAUGCCACUCAUUUAGUGUAAAAUGGCUUUAAAUGAUUUGUGUGUCUGUGCCCCAAAUAAUAAGUGAAACAGCUUGCAGCCUUACUAUUCAGAGGCUCAGGGGAAGGCUUGGUCAGAUCCUGAAAACUCUGUGUAGGUCUCGAGUUGGGUAUUUAUGAACAGGUGGUGUCCUCCAAAGCACCGUCCGCUUCAAAAAUCACCUUGCUAGAUGAUGAGAACCUAAUAAGGGUGGGAGAGUGGCUUAGAUGGGAUUGCUCUAAGGGUGGCUGCUUGUCUACUCAACAUGUUUGGUUGAAGACCCCGCUCUAGGCCUUCCUACAAAAAGGCCAAGACAACCGACACCUUCAACUUCUUUCCUCCAUGCCUAUCACACGAAAGCCUGUGGAUGGGAAGCCAGAAUGGUCGAGGUUGUCAUUGAACCUCAAUAUUCUUCAGGUGUCACCUCUCACAAGCCAGGCAUGUAGUUGUGGCCAGUCCAGAUCAGCAUGAAGGUCUGUGGCUGACGUGACAACUAGGUCUGCGCACCAGGCUCUUGAACACCAGGUGGAAGCCAAGAUGAUGACUUCCCUUCUCAUUGUCCUGAUCCUCCACAGACUACUGGAUCAGAGCUACUUUAAUGUGCCAUCUGAUAUUGGCCCAGCUAGUACUUCUGUUGAGUACAGUCGUACCUCUGCUUACGUAUCCCUCUGGAUACAUAAACCUCAGGUUGCAAACGCGGCAAACACACUUCCGGGUUUUGCCGUGUGCGCAUGCGCAGAAGUGCUCAAUCGCGUGCGCAGAAGGGCGCCUCCAGUUACAAAGUUUUCAGGAUGUGGCCAGGCCUCCGGAACGGAUCCCGUUCAUAACUGGUGGUACUACUGUACUUGCUGCUUUUCUAAAACCAGUUUUUAAUGUAGUUUUCCAAUGUUAUUUACUUUCAGGCUUCCUUGUACCCUACUGAUGUUGUUCUAGAAGUUGGUCCUGGCACUGGAAACAUGACAGUAAAAAUGUUAGAAAAAGUGAAAAAGGUAAAGAACUUCCAAGUAAUAAAGAUGUUCUUCUCUUUUUAUUCACAUUUGGCUACUGGGGGAGUUGGGAAGAGAACUGCACUAUAGAGAGAACUCUUAGAUCCUAUGCUUGAGUUUUUCCUCAUGUGUCAUGUAUUUUUGUGAGCCUGAUGGUGACGAUGGUUUUAGAAUUUAUUUUUGUAAGCCACUUAGAGAAUCUUUUGGCUAAAGCACAGAGUAUAAAUGUUGUAACUCUGCAAUGUGUGAAGAACUUCCUCUUGUCUGUUCUGAAUCUUCUACCAUUCUGCUUCAUUCUACUAAAUUAGUGGUCUAGUUGCUGGAUUGGUGAUAAAAAAUGUGUAUCUUUUUGUCCAAACUCUGUAUUGUAUUUCUUUAUCCCCCUCUUUACAGAUAUGUUACUGAAUUUUGUUUGGAUUGUUCACUGAAAUUGUCUUGGUUAUAAAUUUUCUUUAUAGGCUUAUUAUAACAUUUUCAUUGGCAGAUUUAUAGAGUUUUGUUAUCUGCUGAAAUCGGUAGAUUUGUUUUUUGAAUGAUGCUGUUAGCCACUUUGGGCUUCAUUUCAGAGGGGAAAUCAGGUAAAAUAAAUGAAAUGAAAAUGCUUCUAUAAAACACUUGGUUCUUAUGUGGCUCACGCUCCAUCAUGAUUCUACAUAGGUACAAAAUCCUACAAUGUGUAUGGAUCAUAUACGCAAUCAUUUGUAUAUGAUUCUUUUUCAGGUUAUUGCUUGUGAAUUGGACGUAAAGCUUGCUGGUGAACUUCAGAAGAGAGUCCAGGGCACGUAAGUGCAAAAAGCAGUGGAAUGACACUCUUUUUCGCCUAGAACCUGUCCUGGAAAUGUAUUAAUGGAAUAAUUUUGUUUUGUCCCAGGCCUCUGGCUAACAAACUUGAAAUAAAGAUCGGAGACGUGUUGAAAAGUGACCUGCCCUUCUUUGAUGCUUGUGUGGCUAACUUGCCUUAUCAAGUAAGGGCAAAACCAACCGAUUUGGGGAAAGGGCCAAUAUAAUUUAUGGCUUGCAGUAAUAAACCUACCAGGAAAUUAACACUUCUUCCUUUGUUUUCAGAUUUCUUCUCCCUUUGUUUUUAAGCUACUGCUGCACCGGCCUUUCUUCAGGUACAACUAUAUUGUAUCUAAUAGAUUUUAGGUGCUUUGACACAUAAUUACAGUAUUGGCUCGAAUACAAGCCUCACCUGCAAAUAAUCUGCACCUUUAAAAUUCAAGAGGGAAAAAGAAAAAAGACAAUACCCGAAUAUAAGCCGCUCCCUUAAAAUUGGGUUAGAGGCUGAAAAUCACUGCGGUUGGUAGAAUUGUAACUCUGAGCCAAUUUAAGCCUUUGAUCUUGCAAGCCCGCAAAAGUUACUGUACAAUCGCUAAAAUCACAAAUCACUACUCAAUGAAUAGUCUCAAGCGCGCAAAUCGGCAAGAAUUUUCUUUUGUUCUGUUUUACCGUAUGUCUGUUUCAGCAGCGAUAUCAUAAAAGCCAAUUUCUGUAAGGUCGCAAAUUUAAGCCACACUUUAACUUUUCACGGUAGGAAUUUGGAAAAAAAGUGAGGCUUAUAUUCCGGCCAAUACGGUAACUAUGGAGAAUGACUUGUAUCCUAUGGUGUGUCUGCACUGGGCAGAGCACUGGGCAGAGCAACAGGACUUCACCUUCCUCUCUGCAGACCCCACAUGCUCUCCCCCACCCCACUCUGCUCAAAAGGUGUUGGUUGGGAGUACAGGAAAUGAAGAGGAAGGGAAAGUCCUAUUAAGCAAGAAGGAAUCUACUCAUGUGUUGUUGGUUUCAACCCAGUGCAUUGGUAUUAGCAACCAACUGAUCUAGAAAACAAAUGAUGAGCAAUUUGUCAAGCUAGAAUGCUAAAAACACUUUCAUCUUUUACAUUCAGAGUUAUGAUUAGCAUGUCUAAGAUGCAAGCAAGGUGUCUAUGUGGAUCGUGCGCAAAUAGCUGUUUGUUCUUGAAAUCGAAACAGCUAAGCAUUGUCACUUUACAUCUCCCCAAGGAGUCUGACAUUUGGAGACUGAAGGUGGUUGUCCUAUUUUUGCCCUUCCAUCCCAUUUCCCAAGUUGAGUUUUCAUUAGAUUUCUUCUGCAAAUCUUUAUAUGCAUUGCAGUUCUCUCAAACAAUACUAUUGGGGGGGGGGACAACUAAAAACAAUGAUCAACAGAAAAAGAUACAUGUUUUUCCAAUACAGGGUGGGGGGUAUAGAUAUUGACACAAAGUUUCUAGUUAUAUCAGUAAUUAACAGAUAUAAAUCUGAUGGAAGCAAUUAAUAAAUACCUGACGUGCCAGUCAAAUGAAUCUCCAUUGUCGUUGACAUGUCAGGUAUUUGUUUGUUGCCAUUAUAUUGUCAUCAGCUGCCUUAAACAUAGCGAGGAGGCAGUAAAUGAAUAAAGGAAAUUGUUUGAAAUCAGGGUUUAAUUAGAGCUUCUGUUACAUUCACUGUUGUCUGUAUCCUCUUAAUAGUCAUAAUUGUACGUAGGCUAUUGAUGAACAAGUGUUGCUAAAUUGUUGGCCUUGUUUAAAGGCUGUAUGGCUCAAUGCUUGCAACUCAUUUUUAACUUCCAGGUGCGCAGUCCUCAUGUUUCAAAGAGAAUUUGCUCUUCGCUUGGUUGCAAAGCCAGGCUCUCCCUUAUAUUGCAGACUCUCUGUUAAUACUCAGCUAUUAGCUCGUGUCGAUCAUCUGAUGAAGGUAAGGAAAAUAAGCAAUAGCAAAACUGGGUUUGUGGAUCAAAGGCUAGGGUGGGCAAGCAAGCUUUUAAGAGGUUGAAAAUUCUUCUUCUUUUUUCCUGAGAGCUAACUUUUAAAUGAUUAACAGGUAGGGAAAAAUAAUUUUAAACCACCACCCAAAGUUGAAUCCAGUGUUGUGAGAAUAGAGCCAAGGAACCCUCCACCGCCAAUCAAUUUUCAGGUGAGACUCAUCGAUUAUAAUAUAAUAUGCAUGAAAACAACUUUCGUAGUUAAUGUGUAAAGGUCCUCAAUGUAUUGUUUUGGAUAUUCUCCCCAAGAUGGUAUCUAAACAACAGUUGAGCAACCAUUGUUAUGAAGGUUGCCUAGCGUUUUACACCAGGGAUGGGGCAUCUAUGACCCUCCAGAUGGUUUUGGAUUCCAGCUCCCUGCAGCCCUGGCCAACUUGGCCAGUAGUCAAGGAUCAUGGGAGUUAGAGUUCAAUAGGCUCGUAGGCUCCCCAUCCCUGCUUCACACCUUGUUAACAUCAGUUACUAAUAAGAAAGUAAGAUGAUAGGAUGGAAACUUUGAGUGCAUCUGAGCCUCUUCGGAGCAUUAUUUUGUGAUUUGGAAUGGUGUUGGCAAAACAAAGCUUAGCCUUUAGAGAGGAAAGAGGAGGGCUCAUCUCUUGUGGUAAAAUGGCAGGUUUUAUUAGCUUGAAUGUAAAGCUCUAGCGGUGCUAAGCUUUGAUGCCAAGGCUUCAUAGUUUCCAUUGAGGCUAAAGCAGGGUGGUACAUUGAAAACCAGAUUCCUCGUCAGCCUCUGCUCUACCUGUUGUGAUAUGUAAGUCUUUAAAUAUUGAGUAUCCAUGUAGAGACCUGUCAAAGUAUGCCUUGAUUAUACUGCAUUUGAAAGCACAUUCCUUGUGACUUGGGAGAAAUUUGUAAAACCUGAAUGGGGCUUUUCAUAGUGGCUUCUCUCACGGGUUUAAACACAUUUUGAAUACCGCCAUAUCCUACUAGCAGGUAAAUGGAUGGGCAACCUGUUGCUUGGACUACACCGCUCCUCAUCCCUGACGGUUGGCCAUGUUGGCUGGUGCUGAGGGGAUUUGAAGUCCAACAACUUCUGAUAGGCCACAGGUUCCCCGUCCUUGAUGUAGAAUUUUGAAAACAGGCAGACACAUAGCUAAUUUGCAGAUUGAAGAAGGAAAAUGAAGAGGCGAGAUUGGGGUACUUGAGAGAUGUAUGGGAACCCAAACAUAAUGAAAUGGGCAAUGGAGAGGCGUGGUGGGUAGCAGGAGCUCUGUAAACUCCUCUGAAAAGGUUGCUUAAACAAAGUGUGUUUUUAAUUUUUAUUCAGGAAUGGGAUGGUCUACUAAGGAUAGUCUUUGUCAGGAAAAACAAGACACUCGCUGCAGUUUUUAAGUAAGUUAACUCAUAUUGGAGGAAAUGUUUGGUUUGCUUCUAGGCAGUCUCUUUCCUCCUGCAAGAGUCAACCGUUUCUCCUUGGCUGAAUUGUUAAUCAUGCUGACCAUUGUGGACUGAGACUGGGUGGGGUGUUAUUCUUCUGGACCUUGGAAGAAGUGUGUGUGUUUCAUGGACAAUAGGAAGCACUAGACCAGAUGACUCGAUUGCUAAGAAUUGUCCUGCCCCUCCAUCUUUCAUUAACUAAGAGCAAGGAGUGGAGGGAGAAGGUGGUGGGCCUACCUUCUCAGCAUUGUCUUCCACCUCAAUCAUUGUGGAAGAAGGGAGCUUGAGAGCCAAAAGUCACCAAGACAAAUUAGAAUGCACUCAGGGCUCCUCAUGGAUAUAUAGACUAGAGCAGAGUUUCCCAAAUUUGAGUCUCCGGCUGUUUUUGGACUACAACACCUAUCAUAUCUAGCUAGCAGGACCAGUGGUCAGAGAUGAUGGGAAUUGUAGUCCAAAACAGCUGGAGACGAUCUGGUGCUCUCCAGAUGUUUUGGGCUCCAGCUGGAGGAAAAUGGAUUUGGAAAGGGAAUUUUGUAUUUGCCCAUCCUCAUCCCGAAAGAUCUAUACAGUGGUACCUUGGGUUACAUAUGCUUCAGGUUACAUAUGCUUCAGGUUACAUAUGCUUCAGGUUACAGACCCUGCUAACCCAGAAAUAGUACCUCAGGUUAAGAACUUUGCUUCAGGAUGAGAACAGAAAUCGUGCUCCGGCGGCGCGGUGGCAGCAGGAGGCCCCAUUAGCUAAAGUGGUGCUUCAGGUUAAGAACAGUUUCAGGUUAAGAACAGACCUCCGGAAAGAAUUAAGUACUUAACCCGAGGUACCACUGUAUGUCUAACUUUCUCCUCUUCCUCCUCCUCCUCCUCCUCCUCCUUCUUCUUCUUCUUCUUCUUCUUCUUCUUCUUCUUCUUCUUCUUCUUCUUCUUCUCAGUUCAAAUGCUGUGAAAAAGCUGCUGGAAAAGAAUUAUCGGAUUCACUGUUCACAAAAUAACUUGGUAAGCAUUUCAAGCAUUCUCCACCUCCCUCAAACAAGUUCCAUGUAAGCAUCAGUGUCUUGCUACUUGUUUGAUACAUGCUACAUAAGCACAAUUCUCUGCUUUCUGUUUUGUACUGACAGGAAAUUCCAGAAGAUUUCAGUAUUGGAAGUUUCAUACAAGGAAUCCUAAAAGACACUGGUUAUGCAGAAAAACGUGCACGAGUCAUGGAUAUUGAUGACUUCAUCAGGUGAAGCCAAGGGCAUUUCUUUCAAGCUUUGGUGCAUUGCAUGCUCUCCUUUAAACAGAGGCCUCCUAUUUCCAAAAUGAAAAGAAAAAUAAAUGUGGAGGGCAGGGGUGGGAGAGAUUCCCCUUGAUACCUUAGAUGCUUCUACACUUUGCCUCCCUUGCAGUGUGUUACCAGUUGGGCAGGCCACUCUUCCUACCACGUAUGCAAUGUCAGAGGAAGUGCGCUUGAGACCAGUCUGCACACAUGAAUGACGCCAAUGUGUAAAUUGUACAUCCUGGGGGUUGGGAAGGGAGCUUUUACGAUUGUGCCUACUACUCUGCCACACUAGCUGCAAAUGAGGCAGGCUGUUAUUUUCCAAGCCCAGAUGAGGGUAGCCAGUGGCUCUCAAACCCUUGGGGAGUUAGGACAGGCUCUGGCAGAUUGAGUGGACGAGACCAAUAGUGGGUGUAACAGUCAGAAAGGUGGUUUCUACAUGUGCUGUAGAGAGUAGUGAGGGGCAGAUGGGGUACCUCUGGAGGUUGACAGGUGCCAUCUGCUGCCUUGCGGGACAUCUUUGAGAGAAUAAAAGGCUAAGUGCACCCUACACAGAUCCUGGGUGGUGACCCUAAGAUGGUUGAAUGUUGCCUUGUACACCUUCCUGCAGCCAAGCUGGUGCCAAAUGUAUUUUUCUGCUUUCCUUUGGACCACAUAAGCAAGGCUGAGAGGGAGGGGUCUUGUCAUCUGGUCCUUUGGACUGAUGGCUGUAGGAACAGUUGCCAUCUUGGCCCAACCAUAGAACUGGGCUGCAGUGAUUUCAGUGGAGGAAAGGAGGACUAGGUGUUUUCUCUCAGGCUCCAAGCAGAAGCCAGAAAUCCUGGAUGGUUCUUUACUGCUUCUGAAGUCUUAUACAAGCCCAUAUCCUAAAUCUUGCCAACUGCUCUUAAAUCAUACCCCUACCUGCUUUUCCAAUGCCAACUGGACUCCUUCGGGAGGGGGGAGCAGGAACUGAAUGACUAAACAAACAAAAUUGCCACAGAUCUUGUUCCGAGGGUAGCAGGAAGUAGGUGCGGUAGUGAAAUUGGGAGUUUUAGAGUUAUUGGUUCCAAGAUCUCCGAAGCAGGAGCUCAGAAAAAAGGAGAGAACUUUCUCUUGCCUUGGAAAUUGGACACAAAAGGACCCAGGAUCACCCACAAGUGGCACUCUUAAUGUCAUAUAAAAUGUCAGUGAGAUAUGAAUGUUUUCAUUUUCCAGUGUUCUGCAUGGCUUCAACGCAAAAGGCAUCCACUUUUCCUAA